CUAAAGAUCGUCGUUCUGUGUUCGGCUUCUGGCGGGAUGCCAAAACAAAACUGGUUUCCUCCAGCAAAACCAGAAUCAGUCGUAGUGCAACCGUGGUCGACGUUGGUUCAUUUAGGAAUUCGUGUUCGGUUGGUCGCCUCCGCGAGUUUUGACUGUUGGCAAUAUAAAACAUGUGAAAAGUGUGUGAACUCAUAACAUAAACAUUCACCCUGGCUAGGAGAUUGACUUGAAUGACGUCGGCAUCUGGCUUGUAUAGAACUGCCAAAACCAACGUGAACAUAAUUGUUGUUGGUAGAAAGUGCUGUAUUGGGGUCGCAGGCAUGAAUACUAUAGUUCCAAUACCAAAACUCGAAACUUUGAGCUGCUAGUAAGUUGUUCACUUCAAUGUUUGUUCAUCGUAUACCUACCAAGUACUGAACGGGGGAAUAACUUCGGCAUAUCGGAGAACUUUACGCAUGGAUAAGCUGCUGGAGUAGCCAACAACGAACUCAGCGAAGGAAAGUGAAACAACAACAGCUGAUGGCGAGAAUGGCAAAAGGCACGUGUGAAUAUCGAAACGAAAUGGAAGAAACCUAACCGCAGCCUGUGUUCGUGUCAAAGUUGCCACGAAGGAAGAAUACCGGCCAUCAGGCAGGGACAGCUGUGUCUGCUCUGCUGGAAAGGAGUCAGUGUGGCGUUGUGAUAAGAAGAAUAAUAGUUGAAUGGGGCAACAACAUCCAGAACAUCAACCAAUGUCGUUCAGUGCUUAGAAGUUGAGUGCCCGCGAAGGUGUUUCUUUGAGGCAAGUUAAGUUGCUUGAAUCGGUUUGAUUAUAGUGCACAGAAGAAAUGAAUGAAAAGAUGCUUCCUGAAUAGUGAGAGAAGAACCUGUUUUCCAUGUACGGGGCGAAGUGAUUUUGGAGCAUCGAACAGAAGCAGAGUGUGGUGUUUGUAGUAAUAAUUUGAUCUUGCACUGGAGGUGUAAACUGAUCCGGUUACUUGUAAUAUUGCUGCAAUUUAGGUAUUCCAUUGCUCGAGGAUUUAUUAUCACGUGGCAAAUCUCCCAGUAAUUGAUAUUCGACUGGCCAACAGCAUCCAAAGGUCCGCAUCGGAGUCGUCAAGUGAUCCACCGAGGCGACGUCAGGUCUGAUCAUCUUCAACGAGCCGUAUCGGAAAAGUCAGCCUUCCGAGAAAAAGAGAGUGGAUUGACUCACCCAUUUAAUCGCACAUGCUGAAUCUGCGGCAAAAGUGAAUGUGGUUUGCGUUAAACUCCGAAAGGCCAAACAGUGCGAUACGGAUCGCCCUGAACCAGAGUUGGGGCACGACCAGCCAUCCUCGUUUCUUUCCGACGACUCCCUAGUCCGAGGCGCACAUAAUGCCAUUAAUCAAGUUGAUUAUUAUUAUGAAUGUAAUUAAGUGGAAAAUGUGUGCAAACGAAGAGGAAAUAUUUUAAUAGCGCUCGAGAAGCAGUAAAAGGGCCCGCCCGCCAAGGAAGAGUGACGAAGCAGCUGAGCAAGACUGGUUUCGGUGUUUGGUGUGAUUUUUCGUUUUGGUCCUGCUUGAGUGACUGACUGUGAUAUUUUUAGGCACAGAGGCCCGACGCGUGGCCCAAGGCAGAAAAUGAUGGCGCUUCGUUGGCUCGAGCUGUGUUUUAAAUAUAGAUUAGUGUUAGUAGGUUUUUUCGUUGUGAUUUAUUGUGUGAGCAAAGCUGCCGGAAGUCCUGAAGGUGAUGGAUCUUCGGGAGUGCUUCCACAGCCCAACGAUGAUUACAAAUCCAGUGGUGGUGGAUAUUAUCAGCAUAAUCCUUACCAGCAGCGGAGGCGCCAUCACUACAGGGAAGGUCACCAUAGAAGGUCGUCCUACCGAAGAGUUCGAGCUCCGCAUGAUGGCCGUGGACGAGUCAAGAAGAGUGGAGUUGGAGUGGUCGAAGGGAUUCUCGCACAGGACUCCCCCAUCAAUGAUAUCAUCCGUCAGGCACGAGAACGGAAGCCUAACAUCAUUCUGAUUCUUACCGAUGAUCAGGACGUUGAACUGGGGUCACUGAACUUCAUGCCGCGAACUCUGCGGCUUCUACGAGAGGGCGGUGCCGAGUUUCGUCAUGCUUAUACGACCACCCCAAUGUGCUGCCCGGCUCGGUCCUCAAUCCUUACGGGAAUGUACGUCCACAAUCACAACGUGUUCACCAACAACGACAACUGCUCCAGCACCACCUGGCAGACCACCCACGAAACACGCUCUUUUGCGACGUAUCUCUCAAACGCGGGGUACCGAACCGGUUAUUUCGGCAAGUAUCUCAACAAGUACAAUGGCUCGUACAUCCCGCCGGGGUGGCGCGAGUGGGGUGGACUCAUUAUGAACUCCAAGUACUACAACUACAGCAUCAACAUGAACGGGCAGAAGAUCAAGCACGGGUUCGACUACGCCAAGGAUUACUAUCCGGACCUGAUCGCUAACGAUUCGAUUGCGUUCCUGCGGCAGAGCAAACACCAGAAUCACCGAAAGCCGGUGCUGUUGACGAUGAGCUUCCCGGCGCCGCACGGACCGGAGGACUCCGCUCCGCAGUACAGCCAUCUGUUCUUCAAUGUGACGACGCAUCACACGCCCGCCUACGAUCUGGCACCGAAUCCGGACAAGCAGUGGAUCCUCCGGGUGACGCAACCGAUGGAGCCGAUUCACCGCAAGUUCACCGAUCUGCUGAUGACGAAGCGCUUGCAAACCCUGCAAUCGGUGGAUGUGGCAGUCGAGCGGGUCUACCAGGAGCUCAAAGCUCUCGACGAGCUGGAUAACACCUACAUCAUCUACACGUCCGACCACGGGUAUCACCUGGGGCAGUUUGGGCUGAUCAAAGGCAAGAGCUUCCCGUUCGAGUUUGACGUGCGGGUUCCGUUCCUGAUGCGGGGACCGGGAAUCGAACCGGCUAGUGUGGUCGAUGAGAUUGUCCUGAACGUGGACUUGGCACCGACGUUUCUUGACAUUGGAGGAGUGGCUCCACCGCCACACAUGGAUGGCAAAAGCCUUUUGCCGUUGAUUCUGAACCGGCACAGGAAUGCGAUCGAGAAGUGGCCGGAUACGUUUUUGAUCGAGAGUUCCGGACGAAGGGAGACCCCGGAACAGAUGCAGGAGCAACGGAUGAGGGCUGCUGCGGCGAGGUAUAGCGCGCGGAUGAAUGCGGCUAACUCUACGGCCAUGAAGGCCGAUCCGUUGGAACAGAGGCAGACUGAGGAGGUGCCUCCGCUUCAAGAAGUUGUGACUGAGAGCGACAGGAAGGAUGAAGAAGUGACGAUGGACUUCGGCUCACACGAACACGAUGACGAUGAAGACGACGCUGAAGAGGAUCAUGAAGAUGACGAUCAUCCCAUAGGGGACACAGAUACGGAAAUGUCAGAGGCACGCCAAGAUCAGGAGGACUACGUCAUAGAUCAUCAAGAAGCUCAACAUUUCGUAGUCAAUGAAGCCCAUCACGACCCGUUGGACAACCAUCUGCCGAUGACUCCGUACCGCUCCAAGAUGGAACGUCUCAACAACGAGUGUUCGAAUCCAACGCUUCAACAAAACUGCGUUCCCGGUCAAAAGUGGCGCUGCAUUAACGAAGACGGACGCUGGCGUCGUCAUAAGUGCAAAUUCCACCUGCAGCUGCAGAACCACUUGGCCGAAAUCAACAAACUGUCUAGUCAGAACAAGCGCAACUGUGCCUGUUUCACGCCGGAUGGACUGAUCUACACCAAGAUCAAGUCUAAACGGGAUUACAAGCAUCAGAUGCUGAUGGGGGGACGUGGUUUUGGCCACCGUAGUCGAAGACAGAAACGCGAUCUUGAGUACGAGGAGGUGUUUCUGGAGGCGAAUCCGGAAAUGGUUGGGUUAAUGCGGGUGGCCAAAUCUGUCGUAGAGUUGGAAGAUGUGUUACAAUCUAGUCAGAGCGGUAGGAGACAAAAACGAGAGACGAAUGGCGGUGGACAGUUUGAAAGUGUGAUUCAUGAGCUGCAGAGUACGCUGAAGGAGAUUGAGAGAAACUUUGAACAGAACUCUGUGCUUAAGAAGCAGAACUCCACUGCGGUUGAGGAUGAUGGACCUAGUGGAACCAAGUGUUUCGUUACUGUGAUAGGUAGGGUAAACUGUUCGAAUAUAAUCUACGAGGAUGAGACAAGCUGGAAGCGCAGCAGGAUGCAGAUCGAUAUGCUAAUCAAAGUGUUGAAAACUAAAAUCAAUGAUUUGAAGGAUAUCAAAAAGAAUUUGAAGGAGCGCAGGCCAUCUAGUUUCCGCGAUGAUGAUGAAGAGGAAGAUGAAGACAAUCAAAGUGCAUCAAUCGAGCAGGAUUAUGAGAUCAAAACUACGGCUAGUACCGCUCCUUCGACAUCCAGUACAACAACGCUGAGUCCCUUUUUAGAACAGGUUCUCAACAGGAGAGAGCAUUACAAUAGAACUGGUUUUGGGAAACGCCCCAAACUUAAUGGAGGAUUUAGGCCGAGACGACCAAAAACGGCCAAAAUAGAAGAAGAGGAAGGAACUCUGAUCGAUAUGAGUUUGUUUGAAACCGCUGGAAAGAACGAGGAGGUUCCUUCAGGGACUGCCAAUUCCAGAUCUAGUCAUAGCAGAAACGGCAGCAAUGGUCACUCGCUUGGAAUCAAUGGAAAGCAUCGCAAUCGGAAUCGUAUAGAAACGACGUCGACAACCAGAUCUUCCAUUGCCACACAUGAAGAUCCUCUUGUGUCUGAACAAGAACCCACUUCUAGCACUACGGCAAAAACUGUUUUUGAAAUGACAGAGGAUGUUCUCAGAUCAAUCGCUGGCUCCACCACCGUAGGUUACCAACAAUCGUCUAGUCCUUCAUCACACUACGUAGAGAAUGAUAGAACCUUCCCCAGCACGUCAUCGUUACCCAUUUCAACAGAAGCUUCUGGUUUCGAUGAAACAGAAUCUGCAACGGCAGACAAUGCUUUCUCUAUGGAAGAGGACGAAGACUCAUUUGAUUCGGCACAACCAAAAGCCACGUCUACGACCACUACAGCAACUACCGUGACCAACGACAUUUUCAGUGUCAAUGCCAUCACGCAAAACCAGAUUCCGGUGGUCAAACCGGAGAUGGCCCUUCCAGCGGCCGAGUGCUACUGCGAGCCUGAAGUUGACGGACCUUUGCCGGACGAGCGGGACUUGGCUCGGGAAACGAGGCGCCGUUUGAAGGAGGAACGACAACGGAAGAAGGAACGCAAACGGCACCGUAAGGCGAAACUGGAGAAGGAGUGCCUCUCGGAGCGGAUGAACUGCUUUAGCCAUGACUCGAACCAUUGGCGAACGGCACCGAUGUGGGACGACAAACCGUUCUGUUUCUGCAUGAAUGCGAACAACAAUACGUACUCGUGCCUGCGGACGAUCAAUCAGACGCACAAUUUCCUGUAUUGUGAGUUUACGACGGGCUUGGUCACGUACUACAAUCUGAGAACUGAUCCUUUCGAAACGCAAAACCGUGAAUCGACGCUAACACCGGAGGAGAAAGUGGUGCUGCACGAAACAUUGGAAUACAUGAAGGGUUGUCGGGGUAAAAGCUGCACGCUUCCAAGGCAUCAGCUUGGAGGAGCUGGCACAGGUGGAACGAGUGGUAGUGUCCUGCCGGACAACGGUAUGACUUUGCCGAUAGGAGGAGGAAGAUUGGCAGGGUCCGUUGGUACUGGCAAUGGCAAACGGAAGCACCAUCGGGAUCCCAUAGGAGCUGCCAGCGGAAACAUUCCGGGGCACUUUUCCGAUUUCGAUGCUAUACAGACUGGCACCCCGAAGAAGAAGAUCAAAUGGGGCAAACGAAAGCAGCACUGGCAACAGCAGCAGCAACAACAACAGUUGAGAGGCAAUGGCGGCGGCGCCAUUGGAACAAACCAGCAUCAAUUCCGGGGUCCAGAUCAGUUUCCUAGUCAGAGCAACGAGUUCCACGGUGGCGCAAUUGGCGGUCCAAAACGGAAUCGUACCAGCCGGCGACCGAUUUGGAGGAGUACAAUCUACAAUGCGUAAAAAACGAAGGGGAACGCCUAUGAAUGUUUUGGCUUUUUCGCAAACUUAGUUCCCGCUUUUUGGAAUCUCAAAGUGUCCAUUUGAAACGCCCAGUAAUUCGCAUGAUGCUAGUGAACGACUGAUGUACAUUUUAUUCGUUGUAUUCCGUGUUUAUAUUAUUUUACAACAAGCUGUUCAAGUAGGAUCAUUUUUUAUCAAUUUAGGUUAUAAUAUUGAACAAAUUAUUUGUAAUUCUUUUUAUUACUUGUUUUGCAAACGUACUACUUAGGAAGAACGUUAUUUGCUAGACUAGGUCACUGCCAUUCCUCUCCCCAGAUGUUGACUGUCCGCUAAGGAAACGAGCAGCUGCAACAAGGAUUAGCUACCAAACGUUGUUGGUGUCGAACUAAAAUUUAUUAGAUGCAUUUCGUUUAAGAGGCUGCUUUUAUGCCAAAAAGAAUUGAACAUUACUCCCUAAAAAUCUGCUUAGCGCUUCAAGGUGAACGAAGACAACACUUACACAAGUUUCAUAGUAUUCAAUCAAUGGCAGUCAAAAGAAGAUGGAUAUUGCUAUUAUAACCAUGAGUAUUUAUAAUAACGUAAAACAUUUCUUAAGAAGCAAUCGUGUAUAGACCGACCCGGGUGCGAAGGUUGUGCAUUCUUCGCAAGUCGAGGUUUGAAUUUAGGAUCGUUUUGUAGAAUUGCGUUUAGCGCGCUUAAAAGUGGACAACUCACACGAAUAGCACAAAAAGUCGACAACUGUUGACAGCAAAAUGUAAUUUGAUAUAAAAUGCCCUAUUAGGACAGGAUCAGUUCAGCGUUUUUGGAAGCAUUAAGCGCGAUAGUUUUUGAAAUCCAUCGAAAGGAACAUAAUGGAAGCGUAUUAUUGCAGGUAGUAGGGACAGUAGAGCUGUUCAGGUUGCUUCAACGACUAUAUGAAUACAACAGUAGAUUCAUUAA